UAUUCCGAGUUCUUUCUUUCUUUCCUGAAGAUCUAAGCUGUCUUAAAUCCUACCAUCUUACUUAAGCCAUGGGGCAUAUCUAAUCCGAUAAAUGAGAAAGAAGAAUCGUCUGCAACCCUAUUCUUCAUCUCCAGUUACUUGAUCUAAGAAUUGUCUUUGUAGAUUAGUUUCCAUUCGGGGUCGAUCAUUGAAAGUUUCUGUGAGUGAACUUGGUAGACUAUGGCGUCGAGGACUACUCUUAAAUUUUUGCGGGACAGUUUGACCCGGAAGUUAAAAUCGCAAGUGGGAGUUGGAGUCGGAGGUUGCAGGAACUCUUCUGUAUCCCCAUUUACUUCUGCUGCCGAAGUUGGGCCAUCGAAGCUUCCUCACUCUUCCAAAAAGGGGAGAUUACUCACAGCGGCUGGAAUUGGCUUGCUAAUAUCUGGAGGAGCGUAUGCAAGUACCGUGGAUGAAGCAACUUUUUGCGGUUGGCUUUUCUCAGCGACAAAGCUGGUGAACCCAUUCUUUGCACUACUUGACGCAGAGGUUGCUCACAGAUUAGCAGUCUCAGCUGCUUCUCGUGGAUGGGUUCCUAAGGAGACAAGGACCGAUCCAUCAAUAUUAGGGAUUGAAGUCUGGGGUAGAAGAUUUUCAAAUCCAAUAGGCCUUGCAGCUGGUUUCGAUAAAAAUGCAGAGGCUGUUGAAGGCUUACUUGGGUUAGGCUUUGGCUUUGUAGAAGUUGGAUCAGUGACUCCUAUUCCACAAGACGGAAACCCUAAGCCUCGUAUAUUCAGAUUGCGAGAAGAAGGAGCUAUAAUAAACAGGUGUGGCUUCAAUAGUGAAGGCAUUGUUGUUGUUGCAAAGCGUUUGGGUGCCCAGCAUGGUAAAAGAAAACUCGAUGAAACUUCGAGCACUUCAACUUUGCCUAGUGAUGAAAAACAAGGAGGGAAAGCUGGUCCUGGUAUUCUUGGGGUUAAUCUUGGCAAGAACAAAAUAAGUGAAGAUGCAUCUGCUGAUUACGUACAAGGCGUUCAUACAUUAUCGCAAUAUGCAGACUAUUUGGUUAUUAAUGUUUCAUCGCCUAAUACCCCUGGUUUGCGCCAGCUUCAGGGGAGAAAACAGUUAAAAGACCUUGUUAAGAAGGUUCAAGCUGCUCGAGAUGAAAUGCAAUGGGGGGAGGAGGGCCCACCUCCUAUGCUUGUGAAAAUUGCUCCUGACUUGUCUAAACAGGACCUUGAAGAUAUUGCUGUGGUAGCUCUGGCACUUCGUGUGGAUGGACUGAUUAUAUCGAAUACAACCAUUUCAAGACCAGAUCCUGCGAGUAAAAACCCUUUGGCCGAAGAAUCCGGUGGCCUGAGUGGGAAACCCCUCUUGGAUAUGUCCACCAAUAUCCUGAAGCAGAUGUAUGUCUUAACCAAGGGAAAGAUUCCUUUAAUUGGAUGUGGAGGAAUUAGCAGUGGUGAAGAUGCUUAUAAGAAAAUAAGAGCAGGUGCAACCCUUGUUCAGCUUUAUACAGCGUUUGCCUAUGGUGGACCUGCUCUUAUUCCUGAGAUUAAGGCUGAACUGGCUAAAUGCUUAGAAAAGGAUGGUUUCAAGUCUGUUUAUGAGGCAAUUGGAGCUGAUUUCAGAUAGUUUUACUGACUGAAUGGACAAUCAAUCAGCUGCAGAGUUUGUUUAUGAAGCAGUUUUGAACAAUUCUUUUAGUUAUGACAGAAGCCAAAGCACUGCCCCUUUCAGAUUUGUGUCAAAAUAACCCUUUGCGGAAACAGAGUACAAAGAACAUAAAGGUGGCGGCUAAAUCUAUUCGACAUCUUGAUGUUCUCAUUGUAUAUUUACCAAUUAUUCUCUCAAAUUUUGUCAGCUCUCCGCAUGUCAUGAGACUGUUGGCUUUUAACAUUAUCAUUCUAUUUUUCAUGUGAUAUUGGUUUUUCUGUUUACCUGUUACAUAAGCAUUGAGAUUCAUAUUUGGUUCAAGACAGUUAUGCUGCCAUUUCUAUUUU